AUCCUGGCAAGGCGGAAAGGGGAAACAGUGCUAUAUGCGUAACUUACUACGUACGUCUUGGGCCCCUUGCGCGACGUUGCGGUCCAAUCUGUUGCCCAUGGCCUCAUUCCGCUCCCCUUGCCCAGCUUAGCUCGCAAGACUCUCCCGGUUCAACCCCAAGUGACGAUUGGACGUAUUACGCAGAAACUGGUAAGCUCGCUUUGCAUCGUUACGUCGCACUACCAAAACGGGGACUCGCAUUGCCCCACAAAGCUGGCUCCCGGGGUGAAAUAAUGGGCUCAUUCUUCCAGGAUUCAUGGGUUGUGCGCGCGCAAACCAUUUUGCUUCUGCCUGCCGCUUAACAAUCAGGUUUGCCGACGAACCGCUGUCGGAAUGGAAUGCCCCCCGUCCGUUCCAGCAGUUGGGCUCUGAGGUGCUGAUCGUCCUCGCUUCCCCGUGGUCCCCCAGGCCUCCUCCUGCGCUCCCCGGUCUGCCACGCGAUGGAGUCUGAGCAUCGCUUCUUUGCUGAGACGGAGCCGUUGCUCUCAGAUGCAGAGGAUGGCGAUGGCUUGAAGCCCAAGACGGAGAGCGUGGGCUCGGAGCUGCGGCUUCUCGCUGGAUACUCGCUGCCCCUCAUCGCCACCUAUCUCCUCCAAUACUCCUUCACCGUCAUCACGACUUUCGUGGCCGGGCAUCUCAGCACCGAUGACCUGGCUGCGGCGAGCGUCGGCGUCACGACGAUGAACAUCAUCGGCCUCGCAAUCUUCGAGGGCAUGGCCACUGCGCUCGACACGCUCUGUGCCCAGGCAUAUGGAUCCGGCAAUAUCACAGGCGUUGGCCUACACGUGCAGCGGAUGAUUCUCCUGAUGGCUCUCGUCUGCGUCCCCGUCGGUGCCGUCUGGCUCUGCUCCUCCUCCAUCAUUGCCGUGUUCAUCCCGCAACAUCACCUGGCCGUAAGUGCUGGCUCUUUCCUGCGAGUGAGCCUCAUUGGCCUCCCCGGGUACGCUGCCUUCGAGGCUGGCAAGCGCUUUCUCCAGGCGCAGGGAGAUUUCAAAGCCGGCAUGGCCGUGUUGCUCGUCUGCGCCCCGGUCAACGCACUGCUGAGCUGGCUCUUUGCCUUCAAACUAGGAAUGGGCCUCGACGGCGCUGCGCUCGGAGCGGCCCUUGCCAACGACCUCCGACCGAUCCUCCUCCUCCUAUAUAUCGUGUUGCUGAAGAAGUCGUCGCACAAGUGCUGGUCUGGUCUCUCUCGCAAUGCCUUCAGGGGAUGGGGCCCGAUGGUCCGGCUGUCUGCGGCCGGAUCUGCAGUCACCCUGGCCGAGUGGGCUGCGUUCGAGAUCUUGACGUUUAGUACCUCGUACAUCAGCACGGUUCACCUUGCUGCACAGACGAUCUUGACGACGACGUCUGUGGUUGUGUGGCAUAUUCCUUUUUCUGUCAGUGUGGCUGUUAGCACGCGGAUCGGCCAUUUGAUCGGCGCAGGUCUUGUCCCAACCGCUCGGCGAGCCACUGUACUCUAUUCUGUCUGCUUCGUUGUUAUUGGGCUAUUCGACGGAGCUCUUCUGGUCUCUCUGCGUAAUCACAUUAGUCUUAUAUUCUCGGACGAUUCGACCGUUCGAGAACUUGCCACCAAGGCCAUGCUUGCUGUAGGCGCGUUCCAGGUCAUCGAUUCUAUUCUGUGCGGUUGUAACGGCAUCCUACGCGGUCUUGGACGACAGUCUAUUGCUGCGUGGGUGGUUUUCGGCGUCAACUACCUAGCAGCUAUACCAUUUGCAAUCUGGUUGGAGUUGGGGCCCCUGAAAAUGGGAUUGAAUGGCGUGUGGAUUGGCCUUGGGUCCGGGAUGGUUGUCAUUGGCAUUAUUGAGGUCAUCUAUAUGAGAAUGAUAGACUGGAAGAAGUGCGUGGACGACUUGAAGUCGGAGUAGACGUAAUGGUGGUGGGUUAGAUAGGGUAGGCAUGGUUUAGUUAAGCCUGACUUGACUAAUUUGACAAGUGGCGAUGCAAAGCAUGAGUUGUGCAUUUAGCACGCCACUUGUAUUUAUACUCGACGGACAAGGGCGGCUGUGGGAGAACUAGAGAUGUGUGGUCGUUUUGUUGGCUAUUGGAAAAAUUGGUCCCAAGGAUAAUUAUUCUCACCUCCUAGGCCGAUGGUUUAAUAAUCCUCCAAAUUUAAUUAUCGCGUCAAUGAUUUAUAUAACGACUCUUAGCGUCUAUCAUAGAUAUCACAACUGGUAUCCUUCCUAGUUCCUGACACUGAAUGUUACGACAAGGCAAUAUGGACGACUUACACCCGCUGAGAUCAAGUGUCGCCUCGCUGCUUUUGCUCAGGGUCGCUCAGGCGCU